CGCGUUGUAAUGUCAAUGUACAUGGAUAAAUUUCAAGUUGUCAGCUGUCAAUGUCAAGUCAAACGUCAUUUAUUUGUAUUAGAAAAUUGUAAUUGAUUUACCGAUUAUUAUUUUUGUUUUGCAAUUUUGCAACGUUUUAUUACACAUUCCUAUUUAUAUAAAGACAGCGUUGCUUGCCGGCUCGUCGAGAACGGACGUGUCCGUCCUGUGUAUAUACAUUCGGCAAAUUACUGAAAUAUAAUCAAAGAGAAUGUCGGGCGAAGGUUCAAGUGUGGCGAAUAACAACAAGAAGGUGGCGUUGAUUACCGGUAUUACUGGCCAGGAUGGUUCGUACCUAGCGGAGUUUUUAAUAGAGAAGGGUUAUGAGGUGCACGGCAUCCUCCGGCGGUCGUCGUCGUUCAACACGGGCCGGAUCCAGCACCUGUACGGCAAGCCGGCGUGCCACACCGGCGGCCGCAUGCACCUGCACUACGGAGACCUCACUGACACCACCUGUCUCAUCAGUAUUAUUACUAAAAUACGUCCCAGAGAGAUUUAUAACCUGGGAGCGCAGUCCCAUGUCAAAGUUUCCUUCGAGCUCAGUGAGUACACGGCACAGGUGGAUGCCCUCGGCACUCUGAGGUUGUUGGAGGCGGUGAGGGCGGCUGGCCUGGCCAAGGAAACCAGGAUAUACCAGGCGUCUACCUCAGAAUUAUAUGGAAAGGUCGUCGAAGUACCCCAAACUGAAAAGACUCCGUUCUAUCCCAGAUCGCCUUAUGCAUGCGCGAAGCUAUACGGUUAUUGGAUAGUGGUAAACUACAGAGAAGCGUACGGCAUGUUCGCAUGUAAUGGUCUGCUCUUCAACCACGAAAGUCCAAGGAGAGGUGAGAACUUCGUGACCAGGAAGAUCACGCGAGGAGUCGCCAAGAUCACCCUGGGGCUGAUGGAGUAUCUGGAACUUGGUAACCUGGACAGCAAGAGAGAUUGGGGACACGCCAAAGAUUAUAUUGAAGCUAUGUGGCUGAUGCUGCAGCAGAAGGAGCCGGAGGACUUCGUGGUGGCGACGGGCGAGGCGCACAGCGUGCGGGAGUUCGUGGAGCGCGCCUUCAAGUGCGUGGGCCGGGACGUCGCGUGGCGCGGCGCCGGCGAGGCAGAGACCGGCCACGACGCGCACACCGACCAACUGCUGGUCAAGAUCAACCCCAAGUACUUCAGGCCUACUGAAGUGGACCUGCUUUUGGGUGAUCCAUCGAAAGCCAAAGCGAAGUUAGGUUGGACGCCUCGAGUGAGCUUCGACCAGCUAGUGAAAGACAUGGUGGAAGCCGACCUCGAGCUCAUGAAGAGAAACCCAGAGGCGUAGGUCGUAACUGCCCUGUAUAACGCUAUACAAAAAUGAAUUUUACUAGUAUAAGAAUAAGGUAAAAAGUUGUACAUGAUAUUGAUAUACUUAGUCAAGUGUUUUAAAGGUCUCUUUCACACCGAAGACUGCUAAAUUAUCAUUCUAAACUAAUAUAUAUUAUGUACUUACAUACGUCUGUUGCUUGAAAUUUUUUUAUUAAUUAUAUUUUUAAUAUAUAAAGUUUGUUUGAACGCGCUAAUCUCCGGAACUACUGGUCUGAUUUGAAUAAUUAUUUUUGUGUUGGAUUGUGCAUUCAUCGCGGAAGGUUAUAAACCAAAAAUAUCAUACUAAGACUAAUAGGAGUCGAGCAGCUAGUAUCAUAAUAUGUAUUACUCGAUUAAAUUCGGCAUAGUAUGUUUAUCUAUAUAAAAUUCCCAACGUUAUCACGCAGGAAAUAUGUGUACAUAAUAGAAUAUUUACGCAAUCAUAAUAUGUAAUAGAUUUCCGCGAACUUAGCUAAAUAUAUGAAAAAAGUACUCCGCAGUAAUAGUACCAAAACUAUAAAGCCAAAUCUAUACUUAUAUAUAAAGCUGAACAGUUUGUUUGCUUGUUUGAACGCAUUUUCAAUUAAAGAUUGAAUAUGUUUUCGGUCCUAAGUUUAGUAACAUACUUAAUAUAACCCCGGUUGUAUCGCUUGAGAGAAUAAACAAGUCCCAACGCACAAACAUUACCUCCAACUUAAAAAAAUAUAGUAGAUUUGAGAACCUCCUCCUUUUUUUGAACUCGGUUAAACACCCACUCUUAGUAAUCAGAGGGCCUGGUAUGAGUUUGUUUGACGUUACAAAGAAUCGAAACGUUACCGCGUAUAACUCUCUGAUUGGUUGGUUUAUUGGAGCUGGCCAAUCAGAGCGUUGAACUCGGUAACGUUUUGAUCUCGUUUAAUAUAUAAAACAAACUCGUACUAAGCCCUCAGACUUAAUUACUGAUACAUUUCUAGCGUUUUUCACAUUAUUUUUGUGAAGUUAUAACAGUGCUAUAAGUUUUUAAACUGAUAUGGUCACUAGUAAUAUCAUUAGACUAAUAAACAUGAUAAAUAUCCCAUUUUAAGUCCCGUUCUAAUGAUAUUACAACAGUGCUAUUUGCAUUUCUUGUAUUAAAUGUGUAUAUAUAAGUAGUGCAAUUUUAUAUUAUAAUACAUAGUUAUAUGAUACUUGUAUAUUCAUAGGAAAAGCGAGGUGUAAAUUAUAAUGUUACUUAUUGUAAGUAACGAUAUAAUUUCCAAUUUUUAUGCAGUUUUAAGGGUGUUGCCACACUCCUGAGUGUGUAUGUACAAACUAAUGUUAAUACAUUCUACAGGACGGAAUUUAAAAUCUACCCCAUUCUUAGCGGUUGUUAACAGCAGUAGUGUGGGAACAUCAUAACUACUAUAAGAUGUAUAAGUAAAGUUAAAUGCCUUAUACAAAUGCGUCAAUACAAAUACGUAUUGUUCAUACUAUCGUAAGGUUUUUAUUGCAAACGCCAUAACAUUUUCCAUCACAAUAAAUGUACGUGUAAUUCUAAAGUAGAUGUAACCAAUUGUAAGUAUGUUAAUUUUUUUUUUUCAUGAAUACUGAAAUGCCACAUACCGCCGUACUGAUAGUCAUUUAAGUUACUUAACCUAGUCUUUAGCAUUUUUUUCCGAAACAAAAUCAUUACUAAGAAAUAGUUUAAGUAACCAUUAAAUGUUUUUGAGUGCGGCUGUUAUACUUCUAAUGUUUUAAAAUAAUCUAACAGACGGACAUUAA